AUGGGCUUCUUCAUUCAGAUCUCCAAUGACUCCGGCCGACCAAUAUUCCAGGCAGCCAAGAACUACCCGGAUGUCUCCUUCGCAUCAAGCGCUCUGUUCCACGCGCUGGUCACAGCCAGCUUAGAGCAGGGCUUUGUGCCCAGCAUCGUUCGGUCGGACGAUGCCACCAUCGCCCUGGCAGUUCACGGGGAGCAUGGGAGCAGGCUAGGCCUGGCCAUGGUAACCUCUGAGCUGGCAUCCGGCAGAACGGCAGAUCUGGAGACGAGGCUACGCUGGCGGCUGGACGCCUUGUACCAGGGCGCUCAGCUGAUUCUGGGCCACGAUUUGCAAAAGGCCGCGGGCGGACAGGUCCAGGCAGACACCGUGCGGAGGGUACUGACUGAGCGUCUGUCCCCUGUGGUAUCUCAGCUGAUGUCUGAAGAGGAGGACUCCCAGUCUUCUGCUGCCAGGGAUCCUUUCGGCUGGAGCCUUCCGACCCCGCGCUACGGGUCCAGCCUGGAUGCUUCGCGGCCGUUGCCCCCUUUGGGGCUGCGGCUCCAUUCGGCUGCUGUAGAGUGGCUUCUGCUGGGUUGCAGCAACAUAGCAGAACAUGCUCUGAAUCAGUUGUUAGGCUGUCUGGAGGUUGAGCUUCCAUCUGGAGCAGAGCCAGCUGAAGCACCUGGAUCCACAGCACCGCUUGGUGCUUUGAUCUGGAGGGGUCGAGUUGUUGCUGCCACCCAAGCAUGGCGUCAGGCUGCUCAACUAGAGCGCGGGCUCCUGGUGGCAAUAGCCAACUGUGUUGGGCCCCAGGCAUUUGGAGAACCCAGCCGCACACUGGCACUCGAAGACAUGACUGAUCUUUGGUUGAGACCGCAGCAAGCAAGCACGGGUCAGGCCUCCAAUGACUUGCAAAACUAUCGAAUGCUGAAUGUGCGCAUUUAUCCCGAUGCUGACAGCUUCCCCAAGCGAGACUACCUCGCGAGAUGGAGGCCUCGCAGUGCAAGGGACGUGGAUGGCGCAUCUUUGGUCCUUUCCGUGCUAACUCAGAAUUCUUCAUCGUUUUUUGCGCAAGCUGAUGUGCUAAAGCGGCUCCGGGAAAAUGCGACCCAACUGUCCGCAGACGGAAGCCUCCAGACCUUGUGGCAGAGGCUCCUGCAUAAGAGCGCCGGCAGCUUGUUGGAGCUCGACCGCCUUUCAUCUGCAAUCCUGCUAGACGCCAGGUCAGGAGAUGUUGUGGCCUUGCCAUCUCCUUGGGAUGUCACUGCGGACGACGUGGACGUCAUCGCAUCGUUCCGGCAACUUGUAUACUGGGUUCAUGCAUUACCGCCACUCGAUGCGGCCUCUCCACAGCAGUUUGUUUGCUGCGAGGGCUACACAGUGGCUGGAGUCCGUCGCGAGGACGGCAUCAUUUGUUGGGGAUCUGCGCCUACAAGCGCCAAGCAGAUGCACGGAACACAAGACAUUGUACUGCAAUCCAUCCAGAGGUUGCUGCGCCGCUUACCUCGCGCGCCUGACCUCUGGAGUUCAAUCGGAGCGCUGGAAACUCCAGAAAGCUCGCUUUCUUGA